AACAUCACAUUUGCCUGCCACGUUCGUAAUAUUUUGAUUGUUCCAGAAUCCGACUUUUCAACGACAUUUGCUAGAAAUUUACGACAUUCGAAUCUACUUUGGUUGGACCAUUCUUCGGCUUAUAAACGUGUCAAAAUUAUGUUAUGCAGAUGAAAUAUAUGCGGAUACAAUUCUGCCCUGUUCUCAUACACUACCUUCCCGUUAGAUACGGUAUUUAUUCCAUAUUCUGUAGGCCUAAUAUCGUGACGUUUCUUCAGGGGUCAAGGACAUUGCCAUUUUGUCAACAAAUGAUGUUUGAAUUAUGCAGUAUUUCAACCUUUAUUUUGACCUGUUCUGUAUGUAUUUCAUGGUAUAUAUACGUGCUUUACAGACGGAGAAAUGUCAGUAAGCCUAAAUGUGCAGCAUCUACAAUGAUUGUCCUUGGUUCAGGUGGGCAUACAACAGAGAUGUUGAGGUUACUAAGUGGCAUGGGAGACAAGUACUACCCAAGAUACUACAUCAUAGCAGACUCCGAUAGAAUAAGUCAAGAAAAAGCUAUUGCUUUUGAAGAAAAACAACAGAUUAACAAAGAAUCUCAAAAU